AUGACUUCCGAAGCUCCUCGGCAGUAUGUGCCGCUGACCUGCCAUGGCCAUUCUCGCCCCGUGCCUCACAUGAGCUUCUCUCAUCUGGAAAAGGAGGAAACCUACUACAUGAUUUCAGCCUGCAAAGAUGGAAACCCGAUGCUUCGAGAUGGUGUUACUGGCGAUUGGAUUGGCACCUUUAUCGGUCACAAGGGUGCGGUCUGGCAAGCCAGGUUGAGCCCCGACGCUUCCAAUGCAGCCACUGCAUCGGCUGAUUUCACAGCCAAAAUCUGGGACACGCACACCGGAGAGGUGCUGUACAGCCUCCAGCACGAUCACAUUGUCCGAGCUGUUGCCUACCCCCCCGAUAACUCGGAUCUUGUUGCGACUGGUGGCAUGGAAAAGAAGCUUCGCGUUUUCGAUCUUGCUGAACUUGCCAAGACGUAUCCAGGAAAAGCUGCCACCAUCCCUGCCUCGGCCGGGUUCGAAAUCGGGGAGGGUGUUCAUACUAGCUCCAUCAAGUUCAUUUGCUGGACAAAAGACCCAAACAUUAUUGUGACGGCUUCUGAUAAGACCAUCCGUUGGCUCGACCUGCCCAGCAGAUCAUGCAUCAAGCAUGAAGUUCUUGACGGGGAAAUCAAGUCAUGUGAAGUGGUGUCGGUCGCACAGGAGCUGGCAUCACCGACUGAUAUUGGUGGCGGGAAGCCUGUUUUGGCUGUCUCUGCCGGCAAGACAGUGUAUUUUUGGGGAGGCGAUCAAGCCAUGGAUGAGCUCAAGCGCAUUGUCUUGCCAUAUUCCAUUGCUAGUGUCGGGCUGGAUGUCAAGGGCCGCAAGCUGGUGGUUGGUGAAGAGCCUGGAACAUGGGCCAAGGUGAUUCGAUACGACGAUGGGGUUGAACUCGAUACACAUAAAGGACACCACGGGCCGAUCUGGUCCAUUGCCUUUUCACCCGACAGCAAACUGUAUGCCACUGCGUCCGAGGAUGGGACGAUCAAGAUGUGGAAAAAUUGUGAUGGGUUUUAUGGCUUGUGGCGCGGUGGUGCUACUACUGAACGGUCCGCGGAGUAG